AGUUGGUGAAUAAACUCGAAAGUUUAUUUCAAUUUUAACUAUCAGUAAUAUUUCAAAAUGUAAUAAAUUGAGAGUUAAUUCCGAAAAUGAUACAUUUCGAGUAAUAAUAUUACGUAUACUGUACGAUUUGUAGCUGCGUAGCUGUAGAAUAAAACAACCGCUCUUUCUCCCGUUAUUCCAAAGUGUCCACGUAGAUUUUAACUGUUUGUGUUUAUUGAAUGUGAAAGAUGCGUCGUGCUAAAGGGUAUCAGGAUUUGGAUGACAAUGCGGUGGGGCCGCGGCCCGGCCCGCUGCCAAUGCCUGCGCCCCAGGAAAUCGAAAUGGCAUCGGUGACGGUUGUCCCCGACGAUACAUUUACUGUGACACAGGCUGUGAACGCUCUGGGCUUCGGCUGGUUCCAAGUCAAGCUGUCUCUGUGCACUGGUUUAUGCUGGAUGGCGGACUCAAUGGAGAUGACCAUCCUGAGCAUACUCUCGCCCGCCCUGCACUGCGAAUGGAAUAUUAGCAAAUACCAACAAGCCUUGACAACCACAGUGGUGUUCCUAGGCAUGAUGCUGAGUUCUACAUUCUGGGGAAACAUCAGCGACCGCUACGGACGAAAGACGGCUCUCAGUAUGUGCGGGGUUCUGCUGUUCUACUACGGACUGUUGAGUUCUAUAGCCCCAAACUUCCUCUGGCUACUUUUCCUUAGAGGUCUUGUUGGCUUCGCCAUUGGCUGUGUCCCACAAUCUGUAACAUUGUAUGCAGAGUUUCUGCCUACGAAACAGAGGGCUAAAUGCGUCGUCCUACUUGAUUGUUUCUGGGCGCUGGGAGCGUGCUUGGAGGUGGCCCUAGCACUGGUUGUGAUGCCGACGCUGGGCUUUCAUUGGUUACUGGCCCUCUCUACUAUCCCACUACUGAUAUUCGCCCUCAUAUGCCCGUGGCUGCCAGAAUCUGCGAGGUUUCAUGUCGCCAGCGGUCAACCUGAUAGAGCACUCUCCACUCUGGAGCAGAUAGCGGCAGACAACGGACGACCGAUGUUGUUGGGGCGCCUGGUGUGCGACGAUUCCGUGGGCAUCGGACAACGUGGGCGGCUCAAACAUCUGCUCAUACCGCAUUUAAGGACAACUAGCUUACUUCUCUGGUUCAUUUGGAUGUCAUGCGCUUUCUGUUACUACGGCCUCGUUCUAAUGACGACGGAGCUCUUCGAAACGGAACCUGGCGGCUCUUUAGAACCCUGCGCUGCCGACUGCAAGCCUCUACAGACCACUGACUACAUGGAUCUGCUGUGGACCACACUUGCUGAGUUCCCAGGUAUCUUCGCCACCAUAUUCAUAAUCGAGAAGUUUGGCCGGAAGAAGACCAUGGCCUCCCAAUUCAUCAUAUUCUCCGUCUGCGUCUGCAUGCUGAUGUAUAAUGAGAACCGCGUAUUCCUGACUUGUAUUCUGUUUUUGGCGCGUGGCAUCAUCGCUGGGCUGUUUCAGGCCGCGUACGUUUACACCCCAGAGGUGUACCCCACGGCGCUGCGUUCGACGGCCGUGGGCGCUUGCAGCGGCGUGGCACGACUUGGCGCUAUGAUCACGCCCUACGUGGCACAGGUGCUCUUAAAGAACUCUAUAGCUAUAGCGACAGGUGUAUACGCAGCGGCUGCCAUACUGGCCGCAGCAGCCUGCCUACUUCUACCCAUCGAGACCAAAGGCCGGGAAAUGCGUGAAUCCGUCACCGCUACUACUUAAGGUACUUACGGCUACUAGACUUAUCAAUCAACUGGAG